AUGGGAUAUACCUACCGAACCGGUGGCUUUAUCGCCUUCUACAACCCCGACGUCCAUCGGAACAGGGCCCUCGCAAGCGCCCCCUUCACGACCGUCAACCAACAGCCCCAGCGUGACAACGACUGGAAACUCACUCGUGGAGCGAAUGGAGUCGGCGGCGGACAGAACGAGAAUUUCCGUAGGGGAUCGCGCGCAUCAUGUCUCCACAAGCAUUGA